CAAAGGCCAGCUUUGGAGUCCAAUAGUGAUAUCCUCCCUUCGCCUCUGGAUCAGGCUAACAUUGCACUGCCCGGAGUUUGUAUCAGUGAGCCACUUUGUCUAACUACAAACGUUUGUACACCGUGUGCGGUCUUACACAGCAAAGCACGACAACGAGGCUGUUUGACUGGGUGAUGGCGGUCACACCUACUACUUCUUACGAAGAAGCAGUUUGAAGUCAAGAUGACGAUGUCGCCAACGAUGUUAUUGUGCACACUUCACUUGUUCGUCCUUCUGGCUCUGAGGCCAGGGGUCACUCGAGGUCAGUCUUCUAUCGGGUUUAGGGUGGACCCAAGUGAAGGCAGUCUGCGAGUAGUCACGCCCAAUACCAACCUGUCAAUCACCUGCUUCUGGGAUACGCAGGAACUCGUGAAUGUCAGCGCCGUCGUGGACACCAACACCAUCCUGGUCCCACUAUCUGUGUCACAGGCCAACGGAUCGACUCACGGAUCAGUUGUCUUCAUCAUACAAGGCAUCAGUCUGCCGCUGGGAGAACACAUUGUAAAUUUGACAGCAAGAUGUCUCACGCACCUUACAGCGACUGUUACAACAGUCAGUGCAGCACAAACCACAACCAGAACAACCAGUUCAACAAAUACGUACGUCACAACGACUGCGAUGUAUCUCAUCAAAGAGACUGUAAACGUCACAGUAUACAACGAAGAGCCAAUCACAGGUCUCCGUCUGGACCAUAGCAACAGCUUUUACGACAAUGUAAACGAGACAACAAAAUUUACAGCCAGAGUGCUACAGGGAGCGCGCUGACAGUACAGUGGGUCUUUGGCGACCAAGUCUACGUACAACAGGAACCUGACAAUGUCGUUAAACUGGGUUUCACCUACCCAAAUGUCUGGACAAAUCCAGGUACUUACACUGUGUACCUAAACGUGUCCAACCGAGUCAGCGCUAACUACACACAAGCAAACGUCACAGUUUUUCAUCCGCUCAACGGAUUUACGCUUUUCACCUCCGACACCAUCUUGCAGACGCUGGAAGAACUGGUUCUGAGGCUAACCAUGGCCUCCGACACGAAGGAGCCCAUGGGAAAAAUCACCUUUAACUUGACGUGGGGAGAUGGUGCAGCAGAGUUUAAUAUCCUCAACAUCAGUGCAGGUGAUAGCCUCGUCUUCAGACACACGUACGUCGUACAGGGUGACAGGAACGGCAGUCUAGAGCUGGUCUCCCUUCAGAUAAGAAGGCUUUCAACUUCGAAGUAAAGGUGUGGAACAAGUUAAACGUAACACUGAAGAUAUCGCCAGCAGCUGGUAAGCCAGGUGACAACUUCACCUUGACCUUUGUCAACCCACCAAAUGUAGGUUUUCAGUACAUUAUAACUUCUAACGGCGACCUUUUAUUCAGCAACAACCAGUCAGCGCUGUAUGCAAACGUUUCACCACCCGUCCCUACCUACAACGUCUCCUUCGAAAAUGUAGGAGUAUACGUCAUCAGCCUUAACGCCUUUAACCUUUUUUACUCAGUCAACACAAGCUACACUGUCUAUGUGGAAAUUCCACUCACAGGACUGCAACUGUCCCAUGGCAACAGAUUUUACGACAAGGUGAACGACACCACCAAGCUAACGGCCACCUUUGCUACAGGGACGGCGCUGACUGAACAGUGGAUCUUUGACGACAAAGUG